CAGUGCAAUUUGUCUCUACUCCAUUGCUAUUUGACACUACCUUGUUUGUCCAUUUAUUAGUUAUUAAUUUAUUAGAAAAAUGGCUCAAAUUUCGUCCACAGAACAGCCUAAUAUGAAGCAAGUGGAUCUGAUGACGCUAAAUAUCCAGCAGUUAUCAACGUUAAAGCAACAGUUAGACCAGGAAUUGUCGCUCUUUCAAGAAUCUCUUGCGUCCCUCAAAAUGGCACAGACGAAAUUUCAAAACUCCGGAGAGUCUCUGGAGAAAGUUGGCCCCGAUUCGGAUGGAAAAGAGAUUUUAGUGCCGUUAACAGGAUCGAUGUACGUGCCUGGAAAGUUGCACGAGACCAACAAUGUGUUGAUCGAUAUCGGAACCAGAUAUUAUGCAGAAAAGGAUAUUGAUGCUGCUAAAGAUUACUUUAAGCGGAAAAUUCAGUUUGUGACAGAACAGAUGGAGAAAAUUCAAAUUUUGGGGUUGGAAAAAAGCAAAAUUAGAGAUGCUAUUGUGGAAAUUGUGGAAUUAAAGCUGCAACAGCAACAGAAUUGAGUUUAAUUUUGUACAUGAUUUAUUUAUAACUGUGUUUAAAUGUUUACCUAAUAAUAAAAAGAUAAAUUAACCUCCA